AUGGAGACCCAGUUCCUGGCACAGUCCACAACUAGCCAGAAGCAUUGGAAAACCUCGGCCAGCCUUAUGCAGGUUCGACAGAGAAAGGCAAAGUCCCUUAGAGACGACCUGACGAGGUUCAACAAAGAAGCACUUCAAGUCAGGGACUUAAAUCAAUCAGUCGCGGUGAUGGCCAUACAACACGGUCUCCACCCUUCCCUGUUCAACUUCUCCAUCUCCAAGAAUCCUCCUCAAACGUUGGCCGCGCUAAUGAGCCACGCGCAUAAGCAUAUCAAUGCUAAAGAGGCCAAGGCGCAGUUCAGAAAUGAAGAUGAGAAGCCCGACAGAAAAAGGAGAGAGAACGACAAACGAAAGCCCGAGAGGUCGGACAAAGACCACAAGAGGCAAGAUCGCCGRACCGACCAUAGACCUCGCACCCCUCUGCCGACCUAUUGGAAUUUCAGGCCACUUAAUGUUCYGCAGUCUGAAGUUCUAAUGCAAAUCCGCAGCCGCAACUAUGUCAGGUGGCCCAAGAAGAUGAAGACGCAAAGUAACAAGAGAAACCGAGACAAAUAUUGCGAGUUCCACAAGGACCAUGACCACGAUACGGAGAACUAUUUCGACAUGCGCAACCAUAUCGAAGAUCUAAUUAGGUGCGGUUAUCUUAGCGGUUUCGUAGAUAGAACGGAGAAGUCAGCCCAAGAGAAAAGAAGAGCAGAUGAAGCUCAACAGCCUCUGCCCCGAGGCCCUUCAAUCAGUGUCAUCCAUGUGAUAUCGAGAGGAACCACCUCCGGAGGAGAAAGCAGCUUGGGAUGGAAAAGAUAUGCUCGGCUAUACAAGAUCGACGAUCGAGGUCACGGGAAGAGGCGUGGCACAUCUAUUACCUUCAUUGACGACGACCUCCGAGGGGUCCAGACACCACAAGACAACGCCUUGGUCGUCACAACCGAAGUGGCCAACUUUGAGCUACGACGAAUCCUAAUCGACACAGGGAGUUCUGCCGACGUAUUGUUUGAAGAUGCAUUCGAAAAGCUCGGCAUUGCCAGAGAGCGGCUUGCACCAGUUAGCACUCCCUUGAUGGGAUUUUCGAGAGAGUCCCUCUAG